AUGCAAGGAGGACACUAACCUAUAAUGGUAUUAAACACCAAUACAAAAAGAGAAAGUGGUAAAAAAGCUUAAUUAGCUAACAUUGCAGCAUCAAAAGCUGUAGCUGAUAUUGUCACAUCAACUUUAGGACCUCGUUCUAUGCUUAAAAUGCUUUUAGACCCAAUGGGAGGUAUAGUUAUGACUAAUGAUGGCAAUGCUAUUUUAAGAGAAAUUGAUGUAAAUCACCCAGCUGCAAAAUCAAUGAUUGAACUAGCAAGAGUUUAAGAUGAAGAAGUUGGUGAUGGUACCACAUCAGUUAUUAUUUUAGCUGGUGAAAUGAUGCUUGCUGCUAGACCAUUCAUUGAAAGAAAUAUCCAUCCUACUAUUAUUGUUUAAGCUUACUAUAAAGCUUUAUAAGAAGCAACUAAAAAAAUCGAAGAAUUAGGAGUAUCAAUUAACGUUGAUAAUGAUGAUGAUAUUAACAAAGCUUUAGCUUCAUGUAUUGGAACAAAAUUUACAUCAAGAUGGGGAAAGCUUAUUACUGAUCUAUCACUUAAAGCAGUUAGAACUAUUAUGAGAGGAGGUUAAGUAUAAAAGCUUAACUUAGAAAUCAAAAGAUAUGCUAAAGUUGAAAAGAUUCCUGGAGGAUUACUUGAAGAUAGUUGUGUAUUAGAUGGUGUUAUGUUUAAUAAAGAUAUAACUCAUCCUAAAAUGAGAAGAUAUAUAAAGAAUCCAAGAGUAAUACUUCUUGAUUGUCCUUUAGAAUAUAAGAAAGGUGAAUCAAUGACUAAUUUAGAAAUGAUGAAAGAAAGUGAUAUGACUGAUGCUCUUUAAUAAGAAAUGGAAGAAUUAGCUUUAAUGUGUAGUGAUAUUCUCAAACAUAAUCCUGAUGUAGUAAUAACUGAAAAAGGAGUAAGUGAUUUAGCAUAACAUUACUUAUUGAAAUAAAAUGUAACAGUAAUAAGAAGAGUUAGAAAAACCGAUAAUAAUAGAAUUUCAAGAGUUACAGGUGCGACUAUAGUUAAUAGACCAGAAGAAUUAUAAGAAUCUGAUGUAGGAAAAAAAUGCGGACUUUUCGAAGUUAAGAAAAUCGGAGAUGAAUAUUUCACUUUUAUGACCGAAUGUUAAAAUCCCGAAGCCUGUUCAAUUAUUUUAAGAGGAGCUUCUAAAGAUGUAUUGAAUGAAAUGGAAAGAAACUUACAUGAUUGUCUUGCUGUUGCUAAAAAUAUUUUUGUUUAUCCUAAAUUAGUACCAGGAGGUGGAGCUAUAGAAAUGGAAGUAGCUUCUCAUUUAGAAAAAAUAUCUUCUUAAGUUGAAGGUUUAUAUUAAUUACCAUUCAGGGCAGUUGCUUAUGCUUUGGAAGUUAUACCUAAAACUCUAGCCUAAAAUUGUGGUGUAGAUGUGGUUAGAACUAUCACUGAAUUAAGAUCUAAACAUAAUUAAGAAGGCAACAAAUUUAUUGGUAUUGAAGGAACUACUGGAAAAAUUUAAGAAAUGGAUAGAUGUAAUGUCUGGGAACCAAUAGCUGUUAAACUUUAAGUUUACAAAACUGCUAUUGAAUCAGCAUGUAUGUUAUUAAGAAUUGAUGAUGUUGUUUCUGGUUUGUCGAAAUAAAAAAAUUCUAAAGGGGCUGCUACAGUUACUGGUGCUGAUGGUUAAGCUGUCCCUGAAGAAACUUUUGGUGAUGCUAGAGAUGGUUGAAGAUAUUAUAAAAUAAAUUAAUAAUAAUUAGUAUUAUAUUUUGUUUUAAGUUUUUUUAUUUUAAAAAUUUUU